UUUGGUCUUCUCCUUCUCUUUCUCCUUUGACUGAUCGCCGGAUCGUCUCUCAUCAUCCGCGCUAUACGGAUCCGCGCCGUCGCGUAUCGUGUUCCAUCGUCCAUCCGGCCCGACAACUCUUGCCAAGGCCAACCGCAAGUUCUGUGCACCUCUGCAUAAUCCUCUCGAUCCCCCCCCCCCCCCCCCUAGAUCCUCAGCUCGCACGCGGUCAGACCUGCAGGUCAUGAGGCCAUCAGGCGCCACGGGCGCCAAUUUUCCCACCACCAGAUCAAGCGCGUUCAAGCGCGAUCAAGCGGCGCCGCGAUUUCUGCUUGUGUACAUAAACUGCAUACUCUUGGGAACAUCGUCUAAACGGAGAAGCUGCGAAACUGCGUAUAGCAUGCCCAAGUCAUGUGCCGUGCUGGGAUGCGGUGACAAACCAAGGCCGUGCUUUGGUCGUGCGCAGCUGACGCAGCCUCGUCGUCGGUCAGGUGUGAUCGGUGGGAUCGGUGCCUGCGAGCUCGACGUCUCAGACCCCUCGGUGCGUUCUCGGUUCUUGCUUUCUGGUCUCUCUUUGCUCUCUCUGUUGUCCACCUGCUCUUCUAUUUUCUCUCUCUGCUGUCCGUCUGUCACUGUGUCUCGGUUUCCGGUUUCCAAUAUUAUCUCAUUCCCUCUCCCGCUCUUACUCUCCCACACCCCUCCCUCUGUCCCACUCCCCGUUCUCACUCUCCCACUCGCCACAAGUCAGCUGCCCACUCCUUCCCACGCCACUGGUACCGAGCACUGCACCGUAUCCUUCCCACGCAUAACGUACACCCCGUGAAUCCCCUCACCAAUCCGCGCCAUCCCAAUCCAUAUCCGCAUCAACAAAGACGUUGACGCGCCUGCUUUCUCGGCUCCGCGCCGAACAUCCCGCCCCCGUUCCUCGUGUAGUACGACACCGCGGUCAAGUGAGGUGGUAAGUUCCGGCUGCGUGACGCAGGCACUCUAUCGUUCGGUCGGCAACGAGGCACGGUGUGGG